GUGAAACAUGUUAAUCCUAUUCUUCUGUGUUACAUAUAUAUUUUAGUUUAGUGUUGUGAUGUAAAUUAAAUAUUUUUUAUCUUAAAAGCCUCUCCUUUCUGUGAGUAGUGUGUAGAUGUACUUAGGAAAAAUACUCCCGGAUAUGCUUUGGAGAAGAAAGAAGAUCGAAUAAAAAGUGGCAAUACUCGAAGAGGGGGAAAAAAAAGAAAGUCUCGCCAAAUACGUACUCCUUCAGUCCCUGUUGUGGAUUUUGCACUGAGUAAGAGACACAGCGAGGCACAGAAAGCAAUUUGUUUUCUUAGUUACUUGCCAAGGCCUAGAGCUGCUUUUCCUUUAGCAACUACACAUACCCGUAGCUGAGCGAUGCGUACAUAUGAGGAAAACUCUUGGGGAUAGCCUUGCAAGAGUACAGCUAUUUGAACAAAGUCUUCAGGAAUGGUUGUCAAGCCUUUUCUAGGUCAAUGGAUACCGAGAACAUAACGCUGGGCUUUGAAGACUAUUUGGUCAAUGACACCAUUCUUAGUAACUUCACCUUCAAGACACCGUAUCGCAGGACUUUCUCAUCUAAUAUUAUUGGUAGCUUCAUCACUAUCGUCAUAGCUCUGACAUCAAUCUUGGGCAACACAGCAGUAGUAACAGCAUCAUUCUGGAGUGAAACUCUUCGAGUUCAAACAGGCAACCUCCUUGUUGUAUACUUAUCCAUCAUAGACAUUUUGACUGCCAUUUUGGUGAUGUUUCCGUCGGCUAUCGCUGUAGCGAUUGACUACUGGCCACUUGGUUGGAUAGCUUGUAAAAUGCACGCAGGCUUCAACUACACCUUUGCUUGCUCAUCGUCUUUUAAUCUGGCUCUCAUAAGCUUCGAUAGAGCAAUAGCCGUGCUGCAUCCCUUCAAAUACCGAACAAUGAUGACCACAAAAGUCAUGAUUGGCGGAUGUUGCCUCAUAUUCUUCCAGAGCUUUGCUAUAGGUUUAGCUUGUGGUUUGCCUUACUGGUCGCAUUAUGAUUACACUGAAGGUGUAUGCGCCAUGGAUUAUACUAGAAACAUAGCUGUUUUUAACGUAUUCAAUAUCGGUUGCUUCUUUUGUUAUUAUGUUCCGGCUAUUAUAAUAAGUAUAUGCAAUGUUCUUAUUAUCCUGGCAGCAAAUAAAUCGGGAAAAUCUAUAAAGCCGUUAUUCGUGAGGCGAAACAACAAUUCUUUGGAGAAACCAGGAAUAACGCAAGGAGAAGCUCACAUGAACAAAACCUCCAAAAGCAUGGUGUUUGUAGUUGUAACGUAUUACAUCUGUUUUAGUCCAUAUGCUUUGUCAAAGGAAGUGAAAGUGUGUUUUGGUUAUGAUAUGCCUCCUUGGCUUAAUUAUUUGGCAACGAUUUUUAUUUUCAUUGCUUCUGGUACAAAUCCAUUUAUAUAUGCAAUUUUACGAAAAGAUUACAGGGAUGCAUUUAAAAAGCUGCCCAGAAUGAUGUUCGAACGAUUUGCAACACGUUUCUGAAAGUACUUACUAACUGCUUCUAGAAUAGAGAAUCUAGAGUAGUAAUAGAUUAAAAUAAGACAGGUACUAUGCAAUAAUGACUUACGCAAAGCCUGAAAUCAUUGUAGAUGAAAAUUAAGUCUUGCAUUAUAAUUAGUACUAUCCACUGUCUCUUCUUGUUGUGAACUUUUAUUCAGUAUCAUUAAAAUUGUGUUUAUAUAUAUCAUAAUAGUGAGGCUUAUGAACUAGUUAUUGCUUUAACUAAUAAUAAAGAUAACCAUCAAUU